AUGCAAAACGACAUUACAUUCUUUGAUACAAAUUCAAUAGGAAGUAUCUUGACACUAUUAUCACAAGAUGCAAUGCUAGUUCAGAAUGCAUUUGGGCCAGAAAAAGGACUUCAGUUAUCAUAUAUAGGGCAAUUUCUAAGUGGCAUCAUUUUUGCAUUUGUUUAUUCAUGGAGACUUGCUUUUAUGGCCAUGGCAUUGAUUCCAAUAUUUUUACUAUUAUUAUUUGUAUUUAUGCCAAUAAUUCUCAAGAUAUCAUAUACAAGUUAUUUAUAUGUGUCUAAAUCCAUAACAAUUGCCGAAGAAGCUCUGUUAUCAAUUAGAACAGUAAUAGGCUUCAAUCAAGAAGAAAAUGAUACUAAGAGAUUUCUUGAUACUCACCAUAUGGCUACAAAGAAUGAAAGGAAAUUGAACUAUUUACUGUAUGGUUAUGGUACUCUAAUCAAUCUAAUUCUUUAUGCAAUGAAUUUAGGUAUACUUUAUUAUGGCUCACAUCUUGUUCAAAAGUCUCUCAAAAGCGAUGGAACUUAUGGAUUUGGAGUCGGUGAUUUUCUUUCUUGUUGGUCUUUUUGUUGGUUAGGAUGUAUGGGUUAUCUCCAAUUCCAAGGAUCAUUUCAGAGCGAACAGAAAGCGAUUGCAUCAGGUUCCAGAAUUAUCAAGCAAACAAAAGCCCAGCCUUCGAUUCCAUUUGAAGGCGGUGAUGAGCCAGAGUUUCUGAAAGGUGAAAUUGAAUUCCGAAAUGUAACAUUUAGAUAUCCAACAAGAUCUGUAAAUGCCCUAUGCAAUGUAUCAUUCAAGAUCAAUUCAGGUGAGAUUGCUGCACUAGUAGGUCAUUCAGGUUCUGGAAAAUCUACAUGCGUUCAAUUGAUUGAAAGAUACUAUGAUGUUAAUGACGGAAUGAUUUUGAUUGAUGGAAAGAACAUUAAAGAAUACAAUCCUCGAUGGCUUCAUCGAAAAAUUGGGUUGGUAGGACAAGAACCUACAUUGUUUUCAUCAACAAUUAGGCAAAAUAUUAUAUAUGGAGUUGAAAAGGCCACGAAUUCUCAGAUUGAAAAUGCUGCAGAUAUUGCAAAUGCAAAGAAAUUUAUUGAGAAGCUUGAAAAUAAAUAUGAAACAAUUGUUGGCGAUAAAGGUGGAAAACUUUCAGGAGGACAACGUCAAAGAAUUGCAAUUGCAAGAGCAAUAAUAAAAAACCCACGAAUUCUGAUAUGCGAUGAAGCAACAUCAGCAUUAGAUGCUGAAUCAGAGAAGAAGGUUCAAGCAGCACUUGAUCAAGCAUUAAUUGGAAAAACUGGCGUCAUUGUUGCCCAUCGACUUUCAACAAUUAAAAAUGCAAGCAUCAUAUAUGUUUUUGAUGCAGGUUCAAUUGUUGAAAAAGGAACUCAUCAAGAACUCAUUGAAAAACAAUGGUUUUAUUAUAAACUUGUAAUGCGUCAAUUGGCCAAAAUCGACACGAAUUCCAACAAAAAUAACCAAGUUUCAAGUGAAAAAGAACCUGUUCCGUUGAAAAAGCAAGAUACCACUUCACAGUUAAUCGAAAAGAAUCACGCGCAUAUAAGUACCGAUUAUUCCGAAUUUUCUUAUGAUACAGAAUUAUGA